AUCCUUGCAAUUGUGCACAUUCGGGGUCACUGCAGUCGCAUAUGGCAGGACCAAAAGACUGUCGGACAGACAUACCACAGCCACAGACAGACGUCAGACGUCAGACGCAGACCGCAGUAAUACACAAAAUAUCAAAGGCCGGGCUAAGUGGAUAUUUUAGUGGUUAGAGAGCGAUAUUUUUUUCUGUUGAAGAGCUAUCUGGAACUACUUUGUGACAGCAAAGUCUUCGGAUAAUAGGCUGCAAUGACCUCUCCAACUGUAGAUAACAAAUUACUGAUCCAGUGCGUCAAAGCACAUGAUGUACUGUACAACGCCGAUCAUCCGAAGUAUUCGAAUGGCCGCUACAAGGAGGACGUUUGGGAGAAGGUUGCGUUCAUGCUGGGAGUCCCAAUAUAUCUGUGCAAGCGAUCUUGGUACAAUUUGCGUGAUUCCUACCGACGAGCUUUGCGGAAACGACGCGAUGCCCUCAAUGAAGGUCUUCCAUGCCGAAAGUGGCGAUACGAGGACGAAAUGGAGUUUAUGGCCAUGCAUGUGACCCUUCGCGAUGUCAACGAUCGCGCGGAUGCAGACGAGACCCUGGGAGACGACGGAGAGAUCCCCGAAAAGAAACCUCACAUUGGAGGUGACUCCCAAGACCCUCUAUUCAUUCCUAAAGUGAAAAGUGAAAAGCUGCGAAAGACCCCAAAUCCAUCGAGGAAAAGACCUUACGAAGACAAUGCUCCCAUCACGGACCACAUCGAUGGAUUUCUGAUAGGAAUCGGAGCCACCUUGAGGAAUUUCUCGCGACAUUACCAGAAUUUGGCCAAAUCGAAAAUAUUCGAUUUGGUGUCUGAAAUGGAACUGCAGCAAAUUAUGGAGUUCAAGAAACAAAGUGAGAAGGGAGAAGCGGAUUCGCAGAACGACUCUGGCAAACAAGACCGGAACCACGAAGAAGACGAGAGAGAGUAUGGGGAAAUAGCAGCUCCGGCAAUCGUCCUAGACGAUGACAAGGAAGAUGCAAAUCAGACAGGAGCUUCGGAAGAGAACAAUGAAAGCGCUAAUCAUACGAUUGCCCUGGACGAGGACAAGGACGAUGCAAAUCACACAAAUCCCCUGGACGGGGACAAGGAUGAUGCAAAUCACACGAUUUCACUAGAUGACGACAAGGAUGAUGCGAAUCAGACGAUUUCCCUGGACGAUUCAAACCGGAGUGAAUCUACGGAAGAAGCGCCCUUUCUCCACGAAACACAGAGCAAUAAUGGUCACGAAGUUGACCCUUUGAGCUUCGGAUUUUCAUUUUAACCUUAAUUAGAUUCUAGUUUUAAUCGAGGAGUAUUACGGUCGUUGUAAAAGCGUGUGAAAUGUAGCUGUAAAGUAAGCGCAGACUCACAAAAUAAGCGCAAAAUCAUUUAUUGGUGCAAAUCUUAAUAAAUUAAAGUAAUAUACACUC